GUGAGGCUGCGGGGCCGUAGGACGUGCGGUUGCGCGGUCGCGCGUAGAGAGGUGGGGGGGGCGCCGGCUGGAGUCCCGCGUGCCUCGACGGCAUGGCUUCGCUGCUGGGUUCCUUCGCGUGGGCGGAGAGGCUGGACUGCUCGGCUCUGGAGUUGUCCGACGGGGGCAGCGGGACCUCAGCCUCCGCGGUGCCCCGGACGGAGAAGGGAAACCCCGAAAGCCGCAUCCGACGCCCCAUGAACGCUUUCAUGGUGUGGGCCAAGGACGAGAGGAAGCGCCUGGCAGUCCAGAACCCGGACCUGCACAACGCCGAGCUGAGCAAGAUGCUGGGCAAAUCGUGGAAGUCUUUAACCCCGUCCCAGAAAAGACCUUAUGUUGAAGAGGCGGAAAGGCUGAGGGUUCAACACAUGCAAGACUACCCCAACUACAAAUAUCGGCCCAGAAGAAAGAAGCAGGUCAAGCGGAUCUGCAAGCGGGUGGAGCCGGGCUUCCUGCUGGGUAGCCUCUCCAGGGACCAAGACCACAUGCCUGAGAAGAGGGUGUGCAGCCGAGCAGUGGGUGAGAAAGAUGACUACUCAGCUGCCUCAAUAAUGCCAAACCUCAGGAGAUACCAGGAGGUCCAGAGCAGUAACACAGGUACUCCAAUGGACACCUAUCCAUAUGGGCUGCCUACUCCUCCUGAGAUGUCACCUUUGGAUGUGAUAGAUCCAGAGCAGAGUUUCUUCUCCUCCCCUUGUCCUGAAGACCCUCGCCGUCCCCGUAUGUCUGGAGACACCUACUCUCUAGAAUAUGCCACCAGCCCUCUCCAGUGCAACCACUCUCUGGGUCACAUGGCAAUCUCUCAAUCAGCUUCCACGAUGCACUCUGCUUCCUCCAAUUGCCCAGCACCUCCCACAGGAAAUUAUUACUCCCCAGCUUUCCCUCCUAAUCUCCAAGUCCCCAGCCUCCACAACCAUCUUGGCCAACUCUCACCUCCCCCGGAGCAUCAGAACUUUGAUAGUCUGGAUCAACUGAGCCAAGCCGAUCUUCUAGAGGAGAUGGACCGCAAUGAGUUUGAUCAGUAUCUCAGUGCCCCUGGACAUCCAGAGCCCAGUGGGCUCUCCGUCAACGGACAUGUCCAGGUCUCUCAGACAGCAAGCAGCUCACACUCCUCAGAAACCAGCUUAAUUUCUGUCCUUGCAGAUGCAACAGCUACAUAUUACAAUAAUUACAGCAUUUCUUAGGUCAGAGAGGUGAGAUUUGUCCUGUGGACCAGUUUGCUGGACAGAUGGUUUCCUUUUCUCCGGGUUUCCCUGAACUGAAAUAACUUUGGGGUUCACUUUCUAGAUAAUUACUCCAGUUUGCCAACAUUCUUUGUACCCAGUCUAACUAUUGAGCGUCUGUCUUCAGAAGUGUCUUUGUAACCCAAUUAAAAGGAUACAUCUUCAAUGAUGCAUCAAGGCACCUUAGUAUGUUGACUUAGAUAAAAGAAUUCUUGUUCUUUCAUCAAACUGAGGGGCCCAGACAGAGCUGGUAUAGUAAUAAUACUUACAAAUCUGGUCUAACUACAGAGGAAGGACAUCAGGAAAUAUACAUGACCACUUAUGGAGUCUUUCAACCAAAGAUGCCCUUGGACACAUUUCCUAGAGAAACCACUACUAAGCAGACUCAGAUGUUUAUCUGUAUGUCUGUACACUUUCAAUUUGUUAUGCAGGAUGUCUUCUCAAGUGUUUUUGCUCUUUGCACAAUUCCUAUUUGCUUUCAUGGGCUCGCAUAGGAGAUUUUUCCCUGUCAAAGCUGAAACAGAGUAUGUAACUAUGUCAAAAGUGCUAUCACAGAAACUUCAUUAUCCUUGGUGAUUGAGCCACUUAUCUUCCUGUUGUCUCUGGCUAAAUAAUUUUUUAUCUUAAAAUCAGUAGAAUAUGCCCCAAUAAGGGUAAUCAAAUGAAUGUAUAGCUCUUUAAAAAUGUCCCUCUCCUAUGAACUUUUGCAACUACAAGGGCCUCAUGCUGCGAACCACCUAGGCCCUAUCAUCUCUUUCAGUUUGGCUUAUGUCAACAAACUGAAAAUUGGCUAUAGCAGUAGGACAAAACAGGGCAAAGCAAGGUGGGACUGCAUCAUAAUCAUCAUAAGGUGGGAUUUCAUCAUGAUCAGUGGUAAAUGGGGCUAUAUAAUCUCAUCACAAAAUAUAGGUCAGAAGAAUUGCGUGUGGCUUUGAACAACACUGUGCUAAUUCUCAUUGUAGUGCCUGUAUGGUAUUGCAAUUUUUAGGAAGGGUCUAACAAUCACAAUGUACGCUAGCUUUUUGUUUUUUGAAAACAGGACACGGUUUGGCUGUUGCCCUUUGCAUCUUUCAGGAUCUUCUCUUCUUGCCUGUGGAAGAGGUGUUUUAUGUUUGGAAAUAACCACGAGAGAAGCAUCAGGUGCAAAUAUUAGCAUUUGAGAAUGAAUUUCAAGUGUCAAAAUAGGUGAAGUUCACCUCAAUAACAUUUUAAUUUUAGCAAGAAGUGUACAAAUCAUUUCAAGAUCAGAACUGAACAUUUCAGGGUGAGGAUAUAUAUUUGUUUUAUAUACCUUUAAUUCUAAUCUAAAUGGAUCUGGAGGUCCAUUGGAGUGGGGGGAAAUAGGAGUCAGGCAUCUUCCAUAACAAGCUGUUUUCCAGAAAAGUUAGCUGACAGCCAUCAUCACCCAAGCUGGUUACAUAUAAAGGCUAAUAAUCUUAGCAUGUUUGCUAUUAUGCUUUGGACUCCUUAUGAUAUAAACAGUCAACAAAGAAUGUCAAAGAGAUCUCCCUCAUCCUAUCCCAGAAGCUGCUUUUAAGUUUAAAAGUCUAUGUGGAGUGUUCUUUUCUGGGUGGGAUUUUUUUCUUGGCUUCUUAUAAACUUAUGAACAACCUAUAAUUUAGGAAAAACAGAUUCCCUUCUCAUCCCCUAAUGGGUAUUUUAUAAGCAGUGAGAAAUUUACACUGUGGAAGGUAUUAUUGACCCCAAAUAUAUUUUUGGCUUUAGAGAAGUAUAACAGCCUGUACAGUAUUUCAAAAAUGCAGUUAUCUUAAGUAACCUAUCUUGAUGAUAUGGUAUAUUUAAAUGCAUGGGAGAAAACACUGUCCCUUAGCAUUUUUCUAUGUGAUGGUUGACUUCUGGGAGAUGUAGCCUUAUAAAUAUAUAUUUGAUGUACCUUCUUUGCCAAAGGUACUAGCAUAUUUGCUUCCUUUUAUAUUUAAACAUACUUAGAAUUCCCUUUUAAACAUGCCGAACUCUUCAGUUUCAAAAUUAUUGUACAAGUUUUUUUCAAUAAAAAAAGGUUUCUUACUAAAGCAUGCCAUCCUCAUCCAAAUUUCUAAGACAAAAUCAAUUUCUAAGACAAAUUAAAAUCAAUUUCAGGGACAAUUUCGGCUGUUGCAUUCAGUUCUCCAUUUAAUCCAAAUAAUACGUUUUUGAAUUGUGAGCCACCGAGAGUCAUUUGCUGAGAUGUGAGGCUAUAGAAAUAAAAUAAAUGCUUUGCUUCUGCAUGAUAUACCCAGUGAAAGGUGCAUAGUGAAGCUUCAGUAAGAUCAUAAACAGAGUUGAUUAAUUGAGUAAUUGCUUAGCGAUCAAGUUGCAGGUCCCAGUUUUGAUAACUAAACGAGGACUGCCUAUAUUCAAUUGGAAAUUUUCCUAUAAUUUAGGAUUAUUGUUUCAAAUCUUAUUUAUAAGUCCUUGAUGUACUUGAAAAACAUUUUCCCAUGUGUUCAGUCAUCCGCUUCCUCCAUUUCUUUGCCCCUUUGGCCAGUAUUGAUUAAAUUGUUACGUCACAAAUUGUCUGAUCUGCUCUGGUCCUUCUUGGCAAACUGCAGACUAGCUCCAGUUGCUGCACAUUCUGGAUUUGUUAAAAAAUCAAGAAAACUCAGAUUUCUUGCUCUUCUCUGGAACUCAGUUCUCUAGCAGAAAACCCAGAUUUACUAGCAAGAAGUUCAUUUGAGUGACAGCUGCUUCACCCAAUUCCUGCUUGUAAAGCGAGCCUGCAUAUACCUUAUUCCUCGUAGUAUGGCUUAAGAUGUCUUUAUCAGGGAUUCAGUGAAAAUUAAAAUGGAUCAUUAAUUUGUCUCUAAGAGCAGUGGUGGGCUUCUACCAGUUUCACAACUGGUUCAGUGAGUGCAUGCCCAAACCCAUACAAACCCUUAGUAGCCCACCCCUGUCUAAGAGAAACUCCAUAUAAGGAAGUGUAUAGAUUUUGUACAGUAACUCCAUAUGUUUUGACAUUUUGGAGGAUGGAAAGAUUGUACUUAGUGAUCCAGUAACAGUUUCCAUUGUUGCAAUCUCAUUGAUCUUAAUAAGAUUAUGCUAAGACGUAAAUGAUAGAUUUUCUAGCUAUUAAAAUUUGGGCAGAUGACUUAUCAAUGGUUAUGCUGGUCUAACAUGGCAAAAAGGAAUGAAUACUGUAGUACUGAAAUAAAUUGUACCUACCAUCAGUUUGGUAGGUAAAUAAUUAUGACAAAGAUUUUGGUGAUUAAUUUCAAAGGCUGUCUAUAGUUACUCGGUGUGAAAGGGAAAGAUUGUAGAUUGUUCAUAGACUUUUUUUUACAAGGAG